AUGUCAACACCAACUUCAACUCCAUCUUUCGUGUCUCAAGAACUCACAAACAUACUUUCAGAAUUUGAGUAUGGUAUUAAACCUAAUUCCGUAAAAAUCUCUCAGACGACUGCAAAAAAUUCAAUUUUUCAACUUUGUUUGCUUGAAAACAUUCAAUUAACUAUUAGCAUUACGGAUAUUGGUUUUAUUAUUACGGACGCGAGCCCAUAUCCUACUGCUAAUGAAGUCAACAAUAUUGAUUUAGAAACUGUCAACAAAUGGAUUAAUCACCCUUUUGAAACGAUGGAAGCAUUAUUAUUAGCCACUAGUCCCAAAUUUAAUGAAAUUUUUCAUCAAAUUUUGUUUAACAAAUUAUUGGACUUACAAUCUCAACAAGAUGUUGAGGAUUAA